GGAGGCUGAGGAGGCUGAGGAGGAGGCCGAGCAGGAGGCAUCAUCUGCGGAGGAGAGCAGAGCGACGAGCCGCCGCUGUCCCACACAUCCAGCGAGACGCCAUGAAGACGAGCGGCAGCAGCAGAGAUCCACCUGCCGCCUGAGCCCGGAGGAAGGAUGGCGGGGGGCCGCAGGGGACUUGUGGCCCCUCAGAAUACUUUUUUGGAGAAUAUCGUGAGACGGUCGAACGAUACCAACUUUGUGCUGGGAAAUGCUCAGAUCGUGGACUGGCCCAUUGUCUACAGCAAUGAUGGUUUCUGCAAGCUGUCUGGGUACCACAGGGCAGAGGUGAUGCAGAAGAGCAGCACCUGCAGCUUCAUGUACGGGGAGCUCACAGACAAGGACACGACGGAGAAAGUGCGACUAACGUUCGAGAAUUACGAGAUGAACUCAUUUGAAAUACUGAUGUACAAGAAGAACAGGACGCCUGUUUGGUUUUUUGUGAAGAUUGCGCCCAUUCGAAACGAACAGGAGAAGGUGGUCCUGUUUCUGUGCACGUUCAGCGAUAUAACGGCCUUCAAACAGCCCAUUGAAGACGAUUCCUCCAAAGGCUGGGGGAAGUUUGCCCGACUGACUCGAGCUCUAACAAGCAGCAGAGGAGUCUUACAGCAGCUGCAGCCCACGGUCCACAAAGGAGAGAACGUCCACAAGCACUCGCGCUUAGCUGAGGUUCUGCAGCUUGGCUCAGAUCUCCUCCCUCAGUACAAGCAGGAGACGCCCAAAACCCCCCCUCACAUCAUCCUGCACUACUGCCUCUUCAAGACCACAUGGGACUGGGUCAUCCUCAUCCUCACCUUCUACACGGCCAUCAUGGUGCCCUACAACGUCUCCUUCAAGACCAAGCAGAACAACGUGACGUGGCUGGUGGUGGACAGCAUCGUGGACGUCAUCUUCCUGGUGGAUAUAGUUUUGAACUUCCACACCACGUUCGUCGGGCCCGCCGGCGAGGUCAUCUCCGACCCGAAGCUGAUUCGAAUGAACUACCUGAAGACCUGGUUUGUCAUCGACCUGCUGUCCUGUCUGCCGUACGACGUCAUCAACGCCUUCGAGAACGUGGACGAGGGCAUCAGCAGCCUGUUCAGCUCCCUGAAGGUGGUCCGGCUCCUCCGUCUGGGUCGGGUCGCCCGUAAACUGGAUCACUACAUCGAGUAUGGGGCGGCCGUGCUGGUCCUGCUGGUGUGUGUCUUCGGACUGGCUGCCCAUUGGCUCGCCUGCAUCUGGUACAGCAUCGGCGACUACGAGAUCAUCGAUGAGGAGACCAACAUCGUGCGCGAGGACAGCUGGCUCUACAUCCUGGCGGUGUCGGCCGGCUCGCCGUACCGCUUCAACGCCAGCGGCUUAGGGAAGUGGGAGGGCGGGCCGAACAAGGACUCGGUCUACAUCACCUCCCUGUACUUCACCAUGACCAGCCUGACCAGCAUCGGCUUCGGGAACAUCGCCCCCACGACGGACGGGGAGAAGAUCUUCGCCGUGGCCAUGAUGAUGAUUGGAUCCCUGCUUUACGCCACCAUCUUUGGUAACGUGACAACGAUCUUCCAGCAGAUGUACGCCAACACCAAUCGUUACCACGAGAUGCUCAACAGCGUCCGGGACUUCCUCAAGCUUUACCAGGUUCCCAAAGGCCUGAGCGAGAGAGUCAUGGACUACAUCGCCUCCACUUGGUCCAUGUCCCGGGGGAUAGACACCGAAAAGGUGUUGCAGAUUUGCCCGAAGGACAUGAGAGCCGAUAUUUGUGUUCAUCUCAACCGGAAGGUUUUCAAAGAGCAUCCGGCUUUCCGGCUGGCCAGUGACGGCUGCCUCAGAGCUCUGGCCAUGGAGUUUCAAACCAUCCACUGUGCUCCCGGCGACCUCAUCUACCACGGUGGAGAGAGUGUGGACAGCCUCUGCUUCGUGGUGUCCGGAUCUCUGGAGGUCAUUCAGGAUGAUGAGGUGGUGGCCAUCUUAGGUAAAGGUGAUGUAUUUGGGGACGUGUUCUGGAAGGAGGUGACUCUGGCUCAAGCCUGCGCCAACGUGCGAGCUCUGACCUACUGUGACCUCCACGUCAUCAAGCGCGACGCCCUGCAGAAGGUGCUGGAGUUCUACACGGCGUUCUCCAACCACUUCUCCAGAAAUCUGCUGCUCACUUAUAACCUGCGGAAAAGGAUCGUCUUCCGAAAGAUCAGUGAUGUGAAACGCGAGGAAGAGGAGCGGCAGAGGCGUAAAAAUGAAGCCCCUCUGAACCUGCCGCCGGAUCACCCGGUACGAAAACUCUUCCAGCGCUUUCGACAGCAGAAGGAGGCUCGUUUGACGACAGACAAACCACAACCAGAUGAUCACGAUAUCGAAAAGGGCCCCAUGUACGUGGACGUCCCGUUGGGGAAAACAGCCAUUCCCACGAGCAGCAUCGUCACGGUAACAGAGAGCCCAGCAACGCCCUCAUCUUCAACGCCUUCAUCCUCAACACCCUCCAAAUGUCCUCCGUCAGACAAGGCCAAGCUACAGGUGCCAGCUCCCGUCUCUCUGGUCGGGGGCCGGCCUGCUGAACCAGUUAAAGCCAAAGGGUGGGGUCGUUUCAAGGAGUCCAUGGCCAAACCCGACAACUGGAACAAAGUGUCUAAAGCCGAAUCCAUGGAGGUUUUGCCCGAACGGACAAAAGUGCACGAAUCACAGACGUCUCUAAAAAAGACGGACUCGUGUGACAGCGGUAUCACCAAAAGCGACCUGCGGCUGGACAAAGUGGGCGAGUUCCGCCUGACGCCCCAGGACCGCAGUCCCGUCCAGCCUCCGGAGACCCGGCACCCCUUCUAUCCCAUCCAAGAGCAAACGCUCCAGGCCUCGCUUCAGGAGCUCAAGCUGGAGCUGAAGGACGACCUCAUGAGCCUGAACGUUCGCAUGUCCGGCCUGGAGGUGCAACUGACAGAAGCCCUUCUGCUCCUCAAAGCGAGGCAUUCGAGCGCCGGCUCCCCGCAGCAUCUUUUUGACAUCUCCAGACCUGCUUCACCGGAACUGGGCAAAGAGGAUAUCUUCUCUUGAAAGGAUGUGCUGAGUCAUCCGGCAUCAGUUUUCUGUAAACUCAGCUAGAAUCCAGUGACUUGGAUUGCUGAGGCUGCACUGGGUGCAACCGUUUAGAUUAGGCCUCAGCGUGGUCUCUAAGAUCCACCGGCCUGUAUUGUAGGGGGUCGUACCUGUUGGCUACUGAGGGACCGUCGGGUUGAGGUCAAGGGCCAGAUUUGGGCGUCGUAACACUGAGCACUCAGGGGUUAAAAACUGAAAAUGCUUGUAUAUAAGUUCGAUUUAUUUUUCCAUUGCACUCUAAUGGUAAAAUAUAGCUUGAGUGGUAUGAAUUUAGCUUGAGUCCAAAAACCUGGUUGAGGUUUGUCGAGAACUUUGUCGUAUCCCUGUCGGAAGGCUCUAAUAGAAACAGCAUGAACCCACUGGUUUAUUAUUUGUACGAGAUUCCUUGCAUGUCACAUAAAGUAGACGUGUGCCUCAAAUUGCAGAUGGCGCAUAUUUUAUUAAUCGAGGCCGCUCGUCGAGUCAUUUGCAUUAUUUCACAGCGACAGUGGAGAGGGGACGGUUUCUUUUGCAGAUGUCGAAACAGUCUCCGAGUCAUUUCCUCCAGCGAUUGAUGAAUUCUCUUAUCAUAUCAUCUGCCAGGAUCAUAAUGAAUUAUACAACAGAUAACUCCGGCCAAGCAAUCUGAUUUUUCAAAGACAUCUCUCAGCAAAGCUUAUCAUUUCCAUAAACCAGUGGAUAAAACUGCUCCGUGAGAAAACGGAAUGCAAUUUUAACUUGUGUGGCAGCCGUCAGUUAUCUCCUCUGCAAUCUUGUCAUUCUCUUAUAUAAACACUACAGCGGGUGAUAUAUAUCUUUCUCUAUAUAUAUAAGUAUAUGUAUUGUAUGGCAGCCAUGCAUCUUAGCUUUGGUGAUGCAGAAUUAGGUGAUGCGGGUGCCGCUGCUGCUGCUGCCCCUUAUUUAACAAACUGACAUGAACUUAGUAAGGAAUGCAUUUUCUGCAUCAUGUUUCUGAAAAAGAAUUUAUUUAUGUAUUAAAAUAAAACGAGCUGUCAAAGAGUCAUCAGAGGUUUGUUCUUGGAAGCAAACCGAGAUAUGUGGACUGAUGAGUUCUGCCUUUUGAUGGCCACUGAGGUACGUUUACACCCGUUAGCAUGCACGAGUUAAUAUGUAAAACAUCAUCCCGUCACAAUAUGAGAUUCAAACUAAGAGUCAAAGAUCAAAAGUGUGAAAGUGUUUUUGAUGCAGUCACUGAUUUCUUUGUUGUUUAUUUGGAGGAACCUCCCUCUGAUCCACUGGUCCCUCACAUGUUCCCUAAAUGUGUCUUCAAACUGGGAGAAAACCACAUGAACACAACUUCAAUAUUAUCUUUUCAUUUCCUGAUUAUUUCUCGAUUAAUCAAUCACAACCACUUCACUGAGCCUUAGGGGACGUCCUCAAAUUGCUUAAUUUGUCUGAUCAUCAGUUGAAAGUUAUUUAAUUUACUCAGUGAGUCCUCACAUAUGAGAAACUACAACCAAAGGUUUGGUGAAGAAUUAUUGGAUUAAAAUGUAGUUGCUGAUUCAUUUUGUUUUUAUUGAUCCUGAUAAAUUAAUUUAUAGAAAGAAAUGCAAACUUUCAUGUAACUUAAUUACUCAAGAAUGUAUAAAAACAUAAUUCUAAUUUAUUUUAUCUUCCCCAUGCAUCAAAAAUACAGAGAAAUCCAGUCAAAAAUAAACUAAUUCAAUGUUUAAGAAGCACCAAUAGUUAUUAUUUCCAAAUUUCACCACUUUCUAUUUAAAUUAACAUUGUGUUAUAAAUUUGAACUUUGUUUCACCACAAUUACACAAUAACAAAAUAUAUAUUUCAAAUUCUCAAAAAUUCUCAAAUCUCCAAUGACAUGAUUCACCUCAUAAAUAUAUUAAUAUAUCUGUAUCAUCAGUGUUUUAACAACAAUCAACAAAAGCCUAAUAAGCCAAUAAAAAUAUGCUAUCAAACUUUAAUUAAAGUCACAGGUUCUGGUUUUCAGCAAUAAUUAACAAAAGUGUAAUAACAUUCAAUAAAUAUUUAUCAUUUCUGAACCAAUCAAACUAUCAACUACAGUUUCAUAGAUUGAUGGUUUAUGUAGAUUGCUAAUAAUAAAUAUCAGAAUAAAUGAAUUGCAGUCAUUCAUAUACUGUAUUAUUUUGUAUCACUGAUUUAAACUGCAGUUAUAUAUUAUAUUUUAUUUCCUUAAACCAAUACAAAGCUGUGCAGAAGUCAAAGGCUCCUCUGGAAGAAGCUUUGCUGCUUCCUGCUCGACUCUAUCUUUAGUUUACAGUAGAAAUAGUCUUUUCAACUGGCGAGAACCAAUAACCACUAUUAUAUAAUAUUUAUUAUUCAUAUGGAUAAUUUAUGUUCCCCACAUUCCUUCUUUCUCAACGAGACAAAAGACAAGCUGAGAGGAAAAGAGGUUUUUAUCCUCCGACACAUUCUGUCCCGUCCGUUUCCAUCAAACAUUCAUCCGACUAAAAAUAAAUGGGCAUGUCAUCACAAAAGUGAGGAUUGGUUUGGGUUAGAGGGAGAUUUCACAUUAUUAUUACAUGAUCACUUCACUGCUCCACUUGUGACUGAGACUGACAGAGCACUGAGUUCAGCAAACACUUGAAACUGAUAAGAAAAUCUGUUUGAUAUCUUACGACGACACUGAAUCCAUCAGUUGUGGGUUUGCACUGUAGCUUGAUAUAUUUAUAUGGACGAUAUGUCUCCAUUUCCUCCUCACUUCUGAAGUUUGGAGUCAUUUGGGGUCGUAUGGCCGUCCCGCCAAUCAUGAGCUGUCAAUCAUGAGUCAGCCGCAGCUGUCAAUCAUGACGUUCGACCCCGUUUCAAAGCAGCAAAUUAAUCAAAACCAAAUUUACCAGAAAGAUGAAAACUUGAACAAACACCAGUGUGACAAGAAUGACCCAAAAUCACAGAAACCAUCUUUGUGAAAAAUGUACUUUGACUUUUUAAUGUGAUACAUGUCCCAUCUGCUAACGAGGAGGAGGCAGGGUCUAUGACUUACACUGAACCCAUCCACCAGGGGGCGAUCCAGAUUGUUUUGGUUAACUUUUGGGAGCUGACAUGAUGGUCAAAUUUGUAAAUCUCUGAAUGUCACACAAUUUAACCACAUGACAAACUGAGGAAAUACAUUAAACUUUUACUGAAUUAAUGCAAACUGAUAAAUUGCUGAAUAUUGUUAUUUAUUUGAUUCCAUCCAACGAAUUUCACAUAGAAUUUUUUUUUUUCAACCGAUUGUUACAUGAAGUUAAGGUGGAAUAAUUUAAUUUGAUCCACAACCAAAUGCUGUUUCACUUCACCAAUGACACAGAUGAAUGACAUAGUUGAUAUUUGUAAUUAUAUUUUGUAACUUAUUUAAUUCUGUGAUGGUUCUAUUUAAAUGUUAACGUGUAAUUUUCUUCUUCUUCGAAUUCUUUACAUUUUUUAGUAUCCAACAGGAACUAAACCAGAUCAAAUUAUUUUCAUAAUGAAACAAAGAUAAAGCAGGUAAAGGAAACUUAACUUAACUUACUUUACACUUCACUAAUACAAUGGGAUGUAGGUUGACUCUAAAAUCCAGAAACAAGCUCAUUGAAAGCAAUAUGUCGAACUGUUCCGUAACAUUUACAAACAAAAACUGACGAAAUAUCUAGAAAAGUGAAAAGAACUUUUACAUUACUGCACCAACAUGUCGUUGAUAAUAUUAAAAUACCUUUUUAUUAUAGAAGCAUGCAACACUGUGCCUUCAUUAUAUCGCCCCACCUCCAGAAAAGCAGUGUGACAUAUCUAAACCUCUUCUUUGGAAUGAUUUGAAAACAGAAAUAUUUUUGUGGUCAGCUCUUCAUAGCUGCCUGGUUAUAAAACCAUAUAGUAUAUAAACAGUAUAAACUACAGCAACGGGAUGUAGGUGCAAUCUAACAUUUAGAAAUAAGGGACUUGAGAGCAAUAUGAGAGAGAGAGAGAGAGAGAGAGAGAGAGAGAGAGAGCUAUAAGCAGAUGAUCAUUAUAACCAUUUCUUCUCUAUUUCUCAUGCAGAUAAAAAACUGGAUGAAUAUAAAGUAAAGAAACAAACAUAUUACUGAUUCAAAGAUAAAGUAACAGAAACUGUGCCGUGGUCGUCUCAUUGGUUGAGAUGAAAGCAUUAUUCUCUACACACACACACAAACACACACACAGGUCCAGCCAUUACACACUGUGGCAGUUUACAAACCUUGUACAAGUAACACACUUAUGUUGGAAUGAUUCUGUCCGGAGGCUUUUCGAUCCACGUUAGCGGUUCAUCACUACAAGUGGUAUUUAUAUACAUAUAUAUUGUGAACAGGGGGGAAUGGGGGAAGUGGUCUCGGACUGUCGGGCUCUAUAUGCACUGAUCACCUUGCAGUGAUUGUUGAAGCAGUUCGGAUCUGAUGUGUGUUCUCUGUAAUAUGCACAUGCCUCCACGCUCACAUGUCACGGGAUGAGAAAUGUACAAGCACAAUGGGAACUCUUUGUAAUGAACUGUGACAAACUGUGCUCUUCAUAAUAAACAUUUUGUAUGUUGA